UCUCUGUUCAGCACUUCCUCUCUCUGGGUCUGGUCUCAUCGUCACCAUGGCAUACCCCUUGGAAGAGGCUCUGGAUAGGAUGGUGUCUACCUUCCACAAAUACUCAGGCAAAGAGGGUGAUAAGUUCAAGCUCAACAAGUCAGAGUUGAAGGAGCUGCUGACCAGGGAGCUGCCUAGCUUCGUGGGGAAAAGGACAGAUGAAGCUGGAUUCCAGAAGCUGAUGAGCAACUUGGACAGCAACAGGGAUAACGAAAUAGACUUCCAGGAAUACUGCAUCUUCCUGUCCUGCAUCGCCAUGAUGUGCAAUGAAUUCUUUGAAGACUUCCCAGAUAAACAACCCCGCAAGAAGUGAAGACUCCUCCGAUGAAGUGUGGGGUGUGGUCUGCGGGAGGGGGCUGGUGGAGAUCUUCCCCAUUGAUUCUGAGCAUAGUGCCUUACUCUGGCUUCUUCAUACAUGUGCACAAUGCUGAGCAAGUUCAAUAAAGAGUUUUGAAACUA